AUGUCGAGCCGCCUGGUGAGCAGGACGAUCCGCCCAACGAAGACCCUGGAGUCUCUUGCAGAGUCCUCGCGGCGUGCCUCGGCGCAGGUCAGCAAGUACGUCAGCAGCGCCAGGAAGCGGCUGUCGGAAAGUUGGUCGCAGAGUUCGGUGCGGUUCGACCACAAGGCCGUCUACGUGGGCAUCGCGGCGGUGUUCCUUCUCCUUGUCUUGGUGGUUGUCGUGUCCGUGGUCCGGACGAGCGCCGAGGCGUCCACGAGGCCUUCCGCCGUCGACGUGGCCGCCGCAAGCCGCGCUCCGUCCGUCCAGGUCGAGGCCUGCUCCUCGCCCUCGUGCGCCGACGUCUCCCGGCGGCUGCUCAUGUCCCUCAGCCACGAGACGGCGCCGUGCGCGAACUUCUACGAGUUCGUCUGCGAGGGAUGGAGGCGGAGGCAUCCGCUGCGGGAGGACAAGUACCAGGUGAGCGUGCUGACGGAGGCCCAGCGCGAAGUGCGCCAGAUGCUCAUGGUGUCCCUGGAGACGUUCCAGAUCGCGCGGAAAAACCAGUCCCAGAUUGACAAGCUGGUGGCCCUGUACCGGUCCUGCGUGGGCAGCCUCUCCCGCUACGGCAACAGCGUGCGGUCCAUGCGCGGCUUCUUCCGGCUGCACGGCCAGCCCUGGCCCGAGCGGUCCGCGCCGCAGCUGGCCGAGCUGUUCGACUUCCUGCUCGAGCUGGACAUCCGCUGGCACCUGGGCGUUACCUUCACCUACACCAUGGACACCGACGAGCGCGGGCGCAGGGUCGUCUCGCUCUACCCGAGCAGCCCCGACAGGUCCGUACUGCAGGCGAACGUGCGUGCCGCCUACCAGUCGCUCAUCACCAAGAUGGCGACGAUCAUCGGCGGCGAGGCCAACUACGUGGACCUGGUGGAGACCGUGGUGCGGAUCGACAGCCUGCUGGUGUCCAGGGCGCCCGAGGGAGGAAGCGUGGCCGUUCCCUGGACGCGCAUCAUAUCGGUGCUACCAGGCACCACGUACCAGAUGUGGCUCGAUCCAUUUGACAAGUACCACGCCAACGGCAAGGGCAUUCGAAGCACCGACAUCGUGCACAUCCACAGCCCACACUACUUUAAGGCGAUGCUGACGCUCUUCCUGGACAACGUGUCCAACGGCCUCUCGUCCUGGUACCUCGGGUGGCGGGUUGUGCAGCUGCUGGGCUGCCACACGUCCCACGAGUUCCGCAGCCUGCCGGAGACGCAGACCCUCUGGCCGCAGGGGCGCUGCUCGGCGCUGGACGUGCACAGCCACUGCCGCUCGUUCGGCCAGAGGCUCAUGAGACCGCAGUGGCAGGGAUUCGUCACCAAGGUACUGCUCUCCCCGGACGCCGUGUUCGACGUGCUGGGCGUCGUGAAGCGCGUCCGGGGCACCCUGGAAGACCGGCUCCGGCAUGCGUCCUGGAUGGACCCGGCCACGCGGGUGGCGGCCUUCGCCAAGCUCGAGGCGCUCCGCGAGACGCUGCCCAAGUUCUUCGUGUUCGACGGCAAGACGCCCGAGUACGAGCGCUACGCCCGCCUGCCGGACCUGUCUCCCUCGUUCGUGGACAACUGGCUCGCCGUCAGGCAGGCCCUGGGAGACACCGUCGACCGACGGGACAACGCCACCUCCCCGGUGAGGACGCGGGCACGGGCAGGGAGUCAGUCCGGCGACGAGGAGCUCCUCCAGUUCGAAGUGUCCUACGUGCGCUCCAUGAACGAGCUGCUGCUCAACGUGGACGUCCUCGUGCGCCCGGUCUACUCGUACGGGGUGCCGGCGGCGGUCAACUACGGCGCCCUGGGUGCCAUGCUGGGCACCGAGCUCACGCACGCCUUCGACUACGAGGGUGGCCAGGUGGACGGCGUCGGAAAGCCGGACAACUGGUGGUCCGCCGAGACGCUCAGGAGGUACCGCAUCCGACAGGGCUGCUUCGCGUCCCAGCUGCGCAAGUUCCUGAACGACUCCGCGGACGUUGGCCGUCUUCUCCAUCGCCUGAUGGCCGUGAGCGCCGGUCUGCGACUGGCCUUCUUCGCGCACAGGGCGCACGAGUCCGAGAGCGGUCGCCGGAAGACCCUGCGCGACGUGGCGGACAUGUCGAGUGACCAGCUGCUCUUCGUCAGCUUCUGCUUCCUGCACUGCCACAACGUGGGCACGUUCGCUGAGGUGCUGGACCUACGCGUCGGCAGGCGCUCGCUGGGACAGAUCCUGUGCAACGGCGCCGUGGCCAACAUGCUCGAGUUCGCCGAGGCCUUCGGCUGCCCCGACGACGCCAAGAUGAACGCGCCCGCCAAGUGCAGGAUAUGGUGACGAUCCGCUGGCCGGAUGGACCCGGCGGAAUAUACUGUUUAUUAUAUGCUCGCGCUUUU